UUGUUUUCAUUCAAUUUUUUUUUUAACUUCGUCAAGUAAAGAAAAUCGUUAAUUCCCCUCCUACUAUUUAUCGUACUAGUACUGAUAAACACGUUAAAUAGAUUUGUCUAUCGAAAUGUUUUGAUGUUAAAUGUGAAUUGUUGGUUGUUGUGUGAUUUGUUUGUGUUAGUAGACUAAUUAAAGUAAUUUGAAUAAAAACGGAUUUAUAAGAGCCUUAUAUAACUUUAAUGUUGGAGCACGAUAAUAGUUCAAGCAGCAGAUUCAUGAAUUAAAAGACGAAUCUUAUUAAUUACAAUUUAAUAUUUGAUUUUGUCAUCUAUCAUAUUUUAUGGAAAAAUGACCACCGAAGAAGAUACUUCAUAUAUUAAGUUACCUAUUGAGGAACGAUGUAUACACAAAUUAUGGAAAGCCAGAAUCAGUGGUUAUGAAGAAGCUAUUAAAGUAUUUGGACAAUUAGAUGAAAAAGCUCCAGAAUGGAAUAAAUUUACAGGAAUAAUAAAGAAAUUUGUUAUUGACAGCAAUGCAGUUGCACAAGAAAAAGGACUUGAAGCUACUUUAGUAUUCGUUGAGAACUCAGCUACUGCUGGACGUACUGCGGGAGAUAUCAUGACUGGAUUGAUAACUAAAUGUUAUGGUGCGCCAAAAGCGAAAACCAAAGAUAUUGCUAUCCAAAUAACAUUAAUGUUAAUUGAAAUAGAAAAACAGGAUAUAGUUAUUGAAGAAUUAAUAAAAGGAAUGGAUCAUAAAUUUCCUAAAAUUGUUUCAACUUGUAUUAAAGCUGCGACUCAAUCAAUUAAAGAAUUUGGGUCAAAAGUUCUAAAUAUUAAACCACUGCUGAAAAAAUUACAACCAAUACUCGAAGAUAGGGAUAAAAGUGUAAGAGAUGAAGCUAAAUUAUUGGCAAUAGAAAUAUAUUCCUGGAUUGGAUCUACACCUGUUAAAGCUAAUUUGGCUAAUCUCAAACCCCUACAAAUUCAAGAACUAGAAGCAGAAUUUGAAAAAUUAAGUGGUGAAAAACCAAGGCCAUCAAGGUUUCUACGUUCUCAACAAGAACAAGCUGCUAAAAUGGAAGAAGUAGUGGUAAAUGCUAAUGGAGAUGUGGUAAUGGAAGAAGGAACUGAUGAAGUUGAUGAUCCUGAAGAACAUAUUGAUCCAGUUAACAUCCUUGUUCAACUUAACAAAGACUUUUAUGAAAAGCUUGAGGCUAAAAAAUGGCAAGAACGAAAAGAAGCUAUUGAUAUGCUUGAAGGAAUAUUAUCCAAAGCUCCAAAAUUAGAAAGUGGAGAAUAUGGAGACUUAGUGAAAGCUUUAAAGAAAAUCAUUACUAAAGAUUCAAAUGUUAUAAUAGUUGGUAUUGCUGCCAAAUGUAUGGCUAUGUUAGCUAAUGGAUUAAAAAAACGAUUUGAAACUUAUGCUUCAGCUUGUAUACCUGCAUUGUUAGAGAAAUUUAAGGAAAAAAAACAAAAUGUUGUAUUACCUCUUCGAGAUGCUGUUGAUGCCAUAUAUUUAAGUAUGACACUUGAGUCCAUUCAUGAAGAUGUUUUGACAGCAAUUGAUAAUAAAAACCCAUCUGUAAAAGCUGAAUCAGUUUCAUUUUUGGCUCGUUGUUUUACAAAAUGUACACCAACAAUUUUGAAUAAGAAAUAUUUGAAAAUUUUUACUACUGCAUUAAUAAAAACCUUAAAUGAAUCAGAUCCAACUGUUAGGGAUAAUUCUGCUGAAGCCCUUGGCACUGCAUGGAAGGUUGUUUCUGAAAAAAAUAUUCUUCCAUUUUUGACUGGAGUUGAUGCAAUAAAGCUUGCUAAAAUCAAAGAAGCAGCAGAAAAAGCUGUAAUUACUGCAAAACCAACUAUAGUGAGAGAACCUACAUCAAAACCUACUAAUGUCUCAUCUAAUAGUAUUGAGAAAAAAUCAACAACAACAAUUAAUAAAAAUACUGUUGUUAGAAGAACUCGUACAGCUGUAAAUAUUCCUAGUAAAACUACUGUUAAUAGUAAAGCCAAAAAACCUAUGAGUGCUCCUGGUGGUCGUAAACCAUUAUCAUCAAAAAAUCUUCCUCCAAUUGAAACUGAAAAUGAAAUUGGUGAUGAUGAAUUGGAAGAACUAGCUUUAACAUUCUGUUCUCCUGAAAUUUUAAAUGGUAUGACCGAUGCAAAUUGGAAAACUCGUUUGUUUUAUGUUCAAGAAUUUUCAAAAAUAAUUGAUCAGAUGGAAUCAUUACCAGUUAGUAGUCAAGUAUUAAUAAAAUUACUGAACAAAAAACCCGGCAUUAAAGAUAAUAAUGUUCAAAUACAAAAAUUAAGACUCGAGUGUUUGAAAAAUAUUAUCGAAAAGUUUUCCAUCACUAGUACUAGCAUGAAUUGUUGUAUUCAAGAUGUUUCUUCCUUAUUGGGUGAUGGUAAAAAUGGUACUUUAGCUAAUCAAGUAUUGACUACUUUUGCGGAAUCUACUAGAUUAGAUCUAGUCUCUAAUGCAGUAUUAGAGUAUGCAUUUACUGUACAGAAAAAUCCCAAAGUUCAAAUUGAUGCCCUCAACUGGCUUUCAGGUGCAAUAUUAGAGUUUGGAUUUAUGUCUGAAUUAAAUAUUGAACCUAAAUCAGUGAUGCAAAAUGUCAAGAAAGCCGUGAGUGCUUCUAAUCCUCAAGUAAGAAUGGCUGUUAUAUCUCUUCUGGGUGUCAUGUAUCUUUAUAUGGGCCCUCAGUUAAGUUUAUUUUUUGAAAAUGAAAAACCAACUUUAGUACAACAAAUAAAUGCUGAAUUUGAAAAACAUCAAGGUGAAGUUCCUCCAAAACCAACACGUGGUAAGCAAAUUGAAGGAUCUAGUGAGUCCUUAGAAGUUGCCAGUGAUGAUGAAAAACCAGCAUAUGAAGUUAAUAUUCGAGAUAUUGUUCCAAGAGUAGAUAUAACUCCACUUAUAACUGAUUCUUUAAUUAGUGAAUUAUCAGAUAAAGAUUGGAAAGUUCGUUCUGAUGCUUUAACCAAAUUGCAAAACAUUGUUAAUGAAGCCAAAUUUAUAACUAGUGAGUUGGGUGAAGCUAGAAAAGCUUUACAAGACAGGAUAAGUGAUUCAAAUGCUCGUCUUGGUUCAAAUGCAAUAAAUUUAGUCGAAUUAAUAUCAAAAGCUAUGGGUUCUUCUUUUAAAAAUUAUAUAAAAGGUUAUUUACCUGGCGUGUUAAAUGCAUUAGGUGACCCAAAGACAUUUAAAUGUCAAAGUGCUCGUCAAUGUAUGAAUACUUGGGCAGAUGUAUGUGGAUAUCGUGAAUUUUUCGGAGGUGAUAUACUUUUGGAUGCAUUCAAAAAUAACUCUGUAACAUUAAGAUCUGAGUUAUGGACAUGGCUUGCUGAAAAAUUGCCACUCAUACCUUCUAGGACUAUUCCAGCUGACGAGUUAAAAUGUUUACUGCCAGUUCUUUACACUAGUCUUGAAGAUAGAAAUGCUACUGUUCGUAGUGCUUCCGAAAAAGCUGUGCUUGGAUUUAUGAUGCAUCUAGGUUAUUCUGUUAUGUAUGGAGCUUGUGAUAAAUUAAAGCCUAUGUCAGUCAAGUUUUGUAGAGAAAAAUUAGACAAAGAAAGACCAAAUUUACCAGUUGUACCAAUUGAAAAACCUAAGGUUGUAAAAUCUGGUAUUCCUGCUGGACCAUCAGUUAAAUCAGGAGGAACAAAAAUACCCCCUCUAAAGGCUCCUAUUAAAGCCAAUAAGGAAACUGUUAUUCCUCGUGCUGGUACAGCUACAGGAAAAAAGAAAGAAGAAGUAGACAAUGGCCCAUUGUUCCAACGAAAUAAUUUAAAGCAUCAACGGGAUAUUGAUGAACAUAAAUUAAAGUCAUUAAAAUGGAAUUUUACUGCUCCCAGAGAAGAAUUUGUGGAACAACUUCGGGAACAAAUGUUAACUGCUGGUAUUAAUAGAGUGUUAAUUGUUAACAUGUUUCAUUCAGAUUUCAGAUAUCAUCUCAAAGCAAUUGACACUUUAUCAGAGGACUUGCUUGCAACAGAUGAUAACAAUUUAGCAUUAAUUAGUAAUCUUGACUUAAUAUUGAAGUGGAUGACCUUAAGGUUCUUUGAUACCAAUCCAUCAGUACUUUUAAAAGGUCUUGAUUAUUUACAACAUAUUUUUGAUAUUCUUAUGGCUCAAAAAUAUACUCUUCAUGAUACUGAAGCAUCAAGUUUUGUUCCAUACUUAGUUACAAAAUUAGGGGAUCCUAAAGACACUGUGAGAAAUAAUGUUCGAGCUAUUCUAAAACAAAUUGCAUUUAUAUUCCCUAGUACAAAGAUGUUUGUGUAUAUUAUGGAUGGGGUAAAAUCAAAAAAUUCAAGACAACGCUCAGAAUGUUUGGAACAUUUGGCAACCAUGAUAGAAGACUAUGGUACAUCAAUUUGUCAACCUAGUGUUGCAGCUGCAUGUAAAGAAAUUGCAAAAAGUAUUGGAGAUAGAGAUAAUUCUGUCCGCACAGCAGCACUAAAUUGUUUUGUAGCUGCAUUCUUUUUACACGGAGAUGCUCUUUUCAAAUUUGUUGGCAAUAUAUCUGAAAAAGAUAUGGGUCUUUUAAGAGAAAGAUUGAAAAGAGCUUCAAAGAACCGAGUUGUACCAGUUGCUACUGUCCAACCAACUAUAAAAAUGGUUGUACCACCUGUCCAACCAAUACCAGCUACAGAUGAUAAUGUUGAUGAAUAUAACUCUGAUGAAGAAGAACAUAAUACUACAUUUAAUGUUUCACAUGAAUCUAAUCAUGAGGCAAGUCCUCAAAGGUAUUCAAAUGAAUCACCUUCUAGAUCUGCUAAUACUUUAACAUAUCAAACGGGAAGUAUUCCUACUACUAUAAACUCAUCAUCAACAUUAAGAAUUGGAUUCAGACGACCUAUUAGUGAAAAUUAUGAUGAACCUCAAGCAACACGUUAUGCUUUGGAUGAAAAGUUUCUUCAGGAAUUAGAAGCAGAAGAGAUAACUAAACCAGAAUUAAAGUUAAAACCUUAUAAUUGGUCUACAGAUCAUGAUGAAGUAAAAUUUAAAAGAAGAAUUCAAGAUCAAUCUCAAUGUUUACCUGAUAAUAUUUCUUCUUCUAAACCAUGUGUAAAUGUGAGUCCAUAUAGUACUGCUACUAUAACUAAAAGUCCUAAAUCUCAUCCAACACCUGUUGAUCCUAUUCAGCAGUUAAUAAAUCAAGUUGCUUCGCAGGACAUAGACACUUCAAAAAAUGCCUUAACAAGCUUGGAUAAAAUGCUUUUGAGAUCUGACAUGAGAUCUAAGUUUUUAGAAGGUGGAAAAGUAUUAUCCCUUUUUUAUGCCAUUAUAAAACAGUUUGAUAUAUUAUCUGAAUCUCAUGAUAUUGAUGUUACAGUUGGGUAUAAGAAUAUAUUCAAUUUAUGUUUGAAUUUGUAUAAAUAUCAAGAAUUCACCUUAAUAUUGAAUGAACAAAUUGUUCGAGACUUGCUUUCCAAGUUAUUGUAUCUUCUAAGUAUGAAAGGACCUGAGAAUAGUACAGAUACUCAACUUUUUGGACGAUGUGUAAACAGUCUUAUCAUGAAUGUUUUAGAAAGAUCUGCUCAUACCCCAGUAACAUGUGCUCUUUUGGCCAUGCUCUAUGAUACAGUUAAGUAUCCUCAAAAUUCUUCUAAUCAUUAUAAAGAACUAGUUAUGAAAUGCAUAUGGAAAAUAGUAAAAGAUUUUCAAGAAUGGGGCGAUGAACUGUGCUAUGACCGAGUACUUGCUCAUAUACAUAAAUUUUUGAAAGAGUUUGAUUCAAAGCACUGGAAAAAACAACCAUCUGACACUCCUCUGAGAACAUGCAAAACUGUUCUACAUACAAUGGUAAAAAUACGCAGUGAUAAAGUAUUAGAAAGCUUAAAUAGUCCAGAAUUUCCUAAGGAUUCAGAAAUGGUUGUUUAUAUACAUAAGCUUUUAAGGCAUUUGAACAGUGAACCAAGACCUGAAAGCAGUAAACGUAAACAUCGAACUCCAUAUGAUGAACUUACUGAUAUAUUUCAACUUAUUGGCCAACACGAAAAUACUGAUGAAGGCAUACAACAGUUGCACAGAUUUAAAAUAAAGCAUCCCAAUAUAGACAUAGAACCACAUAUUUCCAAAACAACCAAAUACUUUCAAGAUUAUAUUCAUCGUAAACUGUCAGCAAUUGAAGAUAAUUUAAAAAGCUGUUUAGUUGAACCUAAUGGGAAUAAUGAUAAUUUAAAGCCUAUUCCAUCUACACAAAUGCGAAAACCUGAGUCAGCUGCUGGCAGUGAAGCUGAUGGAUUUAUGAAACGGUUGCAAAUAUUAAAAAUGAAAGCAUCACGAGAAGAAGCAAAUGACAUAUCAAAUAAAGAAUGUAAUGGAAACAAUCGACUGGAUGAAGAUUCACAAGACGAAGAUUUACCAAUGCUCAACACAAGUCGUUCUCCUCGUAAAUAAAAUUUAAUUCCAUUUAUAGUAUUAAUUUCAAACAAGUGCUCUGAUAUAGUUCAAUCAGUACGCCUAAAUCCUUACACUACUCCUACCAAGACUGAAAACCUAUAAACUGCUGUUUUUUUUUAUAUAUAUAUAUAUUUGCUUCUUAAUUAUAAUAAAACUUUGACAUUUGUGUAUGAGUCUUUUUGUGAAUUUAAAAGCUUGUUGCUUUGUAAACAAAUAUAUAAUAAUGUAUAACUCAAA